AUGGACGACCAAGGACCGCCCCCAACCACCUUCGAAGCAAUCCUCGACAUUGCACCUCCAUCACCACAGCCCGAAUCUAGCUGGUCGCCGCUUCGCAUGCAUCAGACACUAACCCUCCUCGACGCUCUCAGAACCGAGCGUGGCUAUCUCAAGGAAGUCUACGAUGAUGCAGUCCGCAAUAACGACCUCGCCUUCCAAGCAGAGUUGCGAGCCGAGCUCUCCAGCAACCGAGAAACGACAGCGGAGCUCGAAAACCUCCUCACCCUCGUGGAUCAUAGAGUCCUUAGUCCCGGGGAUCCGCGCCCUGAUCACAUCGGACUGGCAUUCAAACUGGCCGGCGUUGGACCAGAGGCUCCAGGUGGGGAGUAUUAUGGGACGGGCUAUGACAACGGACCGGAUAAGUUUGAAGGGGAAACGAUAGAAAUUGAUCUGAGUGGUGUCGUUGCACUCUGGAACUCGUCUGCCUUGAACUCAUGGGUAGAUGAGGAGGUGGGUCCAAAAGGCGAGAGUGCUGACUGA